AUGAAAAAUGCUGUUUUUGCAUUAUUUCUUUUUCUUUACAUUUUCAUAAUAUGUGGAAACUUUUUUGCAAGCCUACUGAUCAUAACAGAUCGUCAAUUACACACACCUAUGUAUUUCUUUCUUGCAAAAUUUGCCUUCAUGGAAAUAGCUUUAACCAGCAUCGUUAUUCCAAAAUUCCUAAGUAUUAUUUUAUUUCAGCAAAACACUAUUUCCUUUGCUGUGUGUUAUUCACAAUCAUUUUUUUAUUUCUUGCUGGGAACUACAGAUUUCAUCCUCCUUUCUGUAAUGUCAUAUGACAGGUAUGUAGCAAUUUGCCAUCCAUUGUAUUAUGUCGCCAUCAUGACUUGGAGAACAUGCAUUCACCUUGUUAUUGGAUGCUGGUUUGGGGGUUUGCUUAAUGUAACUCUGCCAACUAUUCUUAAAUCUCAGCUGCCAUUUUGUGGUCCAAACAAGAUAAACCACUUUUUUUGUGACUCUGUGGCGUUAAUAAAACUAUCUUGGGCAGAUACAAGACUCAUACAGCUGAUUGACUUUUUCCUUUUUUCUUUAGUGAUCCUGGGAUCCUUAAUAGUAGUUAUCUUCACUUACACUUGUAUAUUAUUGACCAUAUUACGUAUUCCUUCAGUCAGUGGACGACAGAAGGCUUUCUCUACUUGUGCAUCUCAUUUCACUAUUAUGUUGAUUGCCUAUGUAAGUUCAAUAUUAGUAUAUGUCACCCCAACACAAGGCAAUUCGCUGGAGCUAAACAAAGGGAUGAGUGUUUUGACCUGUUUCCUAACGCCUGUUUUGAACCCAUUUAUUAUGACUCUUAGGAAUAAACAGGUUAAAGAUGCUUUAUAUGAACUAAUAAAGAAAAGGGCCACAAGAAAAGGAGAUAAUGUGCAAAACUGA